AUGACAGUUGCCAUAUCGCAUGUCGGUUUGUCUUCAGCCGCACUGGGCCCCAGAAACGGACUUGCGCACUCUGGGGACUUGGAAAAUGCUGGGUCUUCCUCGGCUGAAGCAUCGCUGAUCACGAUUAUCUCGAACGCGCUGUGCAUCAAUGCCGAUGCUGAUGAGCUGAAGCCUCUUCUUUCAGGCUCCUUGAAUGAAACGAAAGAUCUCUGGGCUGACGAAGAAGUCAUGUACAGGCGGCCGGGUAAGAAGAUACUUGUUUGGUGUGGUGUUCGUUGGCUCAUUGUAGACUUCCAGGCUUGGAAGAGCUGCCUGAAGCAGGUAGCACUAACUGACAAAGAACCUCUUCAAGCUACUGAUACUUGGCCAGACGAGGAGAAUGAUAUGAGUUAUCUCUCACGCAUAAUGUCUGUGCUGCAGCUCAGUGAGGUAAAGUACAACGACUCACUGCCGACACCAGCAGAGUCUUCUGUGGAUCUCAUGGCUUCUCGGAGCAUGGCUUCAUUCCUGCUCUUCUACGGUGGGCUCACGUCAGAUGACAGUCCACUGUCGAGUAUCAUGACCUAA